CUCACCAGCCACCACGUCCAGCUGGCCGGGUGCCCUACUCUGGACCCCCUGGGCCACAGAAUAUCUCUCCUGCUCUCCCCAGCUCUGGGCAAAAAAGUAACCCCUGAACUUCUGCAAUUUCGAUAGUGACUGUGGUUCCGUCCCCGAGUGCUCUGCCUGCUUCACCCUGCCAUCAUUAAGGCAACUUCCUUUUGCAGGCUGGCCACCAUGUUGCCCUCGGGGCUGCUGCUGGGGGCCUACGGGACCUCACUCAUCUCCCUGCUUCUGGUCUGCUGUCUGCCGCCCUCAGGUGCCCGGGCGCAGCAAUACCAACUGAGGGUGGAGGUCGAGAACACUCUGGUGCCUGCUGGAGGGUCCUUCUUGGUAAACUGCAGUACAGACUGCCCCAAUCCUCAACUCAUCAUUCUAGAGACAUCCCUAGCCAAGAAGCCAGUGGGCAACGGCCUGGGCUGGGCAGCCUUCCUGCUAAGCAAUGUGACUAGUGACAGCCAGGUCCUCUGCUCCGGCUUCUGCAAUGACAUCCAGAUGGUAGGCUCCUCUGACAUCACAGUAUACCGGUUCCCGGAGCGAGUGGAGCUGGCACCCCUACCCCGCUGGCAGCCCGUGGGUGAGAACCUCACCAUGACCUGCCAGGUGGCAGGCGGGGCGCCCCGGACCAACCUCACGGUGGUGCUGCUCCGCGGGGAGGAGGAGCUGAGCCUGCAACCGGCCGUCGGGGAGCCCGCCGAGGUCACGUUCACGGUGGCGGUGGGCAGAGAGGACCACCUCGCCAAUUUCUCGUGCCGCGCGGACCUGGACCUGAGGCCCCGAGGGCUGGGAUUGUUCCAGAACAGCUCGGCGCCCAGGCAGCUCCGAACCUUUGCACUGCCCAUCACGGCUCCGCACCUCGUUGUCCCUCGGAUCUUGGAGGUGGGAACGACUCGGUCGGUGAACUGCAUCCUGGACGGAUUGUUCCCGGCCUCCGAGGCCCAGGUCCACUUGGCGCUGGGGAACCAGACGCUGAACUCUACAGUCGAGAGCCACGGGGACACGAUCAGUGCCACAGCCACAGCCGUAGCGAGAGCGGAGCAGGAGGGCGCACAGGAGAUAGUCUGCAACAUAACGUUGGGGGACGACGGCCGGGAGGCCCGCGAAAAAUUGACCGUCUACAGCUUCUGGGGGCCCACCCUAAACCUGAGUGAACCCAACGCCUCCGAGGGGACUGCAGUGACUGUGACUUGCGCGGCCGGAGCCGGCGUCCAGGUCAUGUUGGAGGGACUUCCGGCCGCGGCCCCUGGACAGCCUGCCCAGUUUCAGCUAAACGCCACAGAGAUGGACGACAGGCGCAGCUUCUUCUGCAAUGCCACCCUCGAGGUGGAUGGGGAGACCUUACACAGGAACAGCAGCGUCCAGUUGCGUGUCCUGUACGGUCCCAAGAUUGACCAAGCCAAAUGUCCCCAGCGCUUGACGUGGAAAGAGAAAACUACCCAUGUCCUGCAGUGCCAGGCUCGGGGCAACCCGGACCCCCAGAUGCACUGUUUUCACGAAGGCUCCCACGUCGAGCUGCCUAUCGGGGUCCCAUUCUUCGUCAGGUUAAACUAUACUGGUACCUACGCCUGCAAGGCGUCCAGCUCACGAGGCGUACACACUGUGACUGUGGUGAUGAACGUUCAGGAUCGGAACCUCCGCGCUGUCAACAUCGUCCUGGGGGUGUUAGCGAUCCUGGGCGUGGUGACUACCAUCGCAGCCUUACUGCACGUCUUUGGGGUGCAGAAGCGGAGUGACACCUACCGUGUGAACCAGGGGAGCACUUGGUUACCCCUGACGUCUAGGCAGCCCGAAGAGGCUGUGGGGGAGAAUCCAUCCUGAGCUUCCAGCUGGGAUGAUGGGGGUUUGGCUGUAUCCCGGGGUUCCACACCAAUAAAGCCCUCAAACCCCGGAGUCUGUGGCUUGUUUCCAAACGCGCCGAGUUCACCCGCGGCGCUUCACGUCCUUUGAGUGACAUCUCUGUGGCAGAAAGGGGAGGAGCCUGAGGCGCCCAGACGCGGCUUGAACUCUGAGAGGCGGGCUGGGCCUUAGCCAAUGGGCUGAGG